AUGAAGAAGUUGCCUGAGAAGUUUGGAUACCAUGCGAAUAAGGGUUUUAUAUUUUCUGCCAUCCAUGCAUUGGUUUAUGAUUGUCAAACUGUUGAGGACUUUGAAGAAGGUUGGAAAGUGAUGAUAGAAACCUGUAAUUUGCAUGAUAAUGAAUGGUGUGUGGGCUGCAUGGGUACAGAGGCCGAUGUCAAAUCUUUCUCCCAAAUGUUACCAUGCUCAACAACUUAUGUAAUGGAGAAGCAGUUUCAGGACAUUUACACAAUCUCCAAAUUCAGGGAAGUGCAACAAGAGUUUAUUGGGAAGGCGUAUUGUAAUCUGAUUUUUACCUCGGAGGGAUGUUUGGGUACUCUGUAUGUGUCAUGGAAGGGUGUGAUGUGUCAUGAGCAAAGGAAGAAAAAAACAUUUUUCGUCACAUAUCAAAGAGACAACUGUGAAAUUACUUGUAGCUGCCAUCUAUUUGAAUUUCGUGGAAUAGUUUGCAGACAUGCUAUUUCAGUCAUGAUCCGUAAUGACAUCACAUAUUUAUCGGACAAGUAUAUAUAUUACGGAGAUGGAGAAGAGAUGUGUGAAGAGCCCACGCGAGGGUCACUGUGA